ACUCUUGGUUUAUUCAUGUUCCCGUGCGCGGGCAGCGGCUCCGGAGCUAGCCGACAAGCUAGCUAGCAAAUUAUAGCAAAAUGUACAUCUGUCCGCCGGCCGAGAGGACGCCCUGAGGGUCGGAGAACCGUCUGCGAGAGGCGAUGCCGUUCGUGGGUGAAUAGCGGGAGAAUUUCCGCUCAUUUUAAUGACCCGUAACUGCCAUCUUUUCGGCCCCCGGAGCCACAGCGCCCGAACAAGAGAAGCACCAGAGCACGGAUGUGAGGAAGGGACCUAACGCUACCCGGGGGGAGCGGCUAACCUGCUGGCUUUUUAUCGGGGGACACUCGGCGGGCUCGACUGGACGCUCCAGAUAACUCUUGAAAGGAAAGGAUAAAGUGAAAGAAGUGGAUUUCCUUAAAGCUUUCCAUACAGCUGUUCUCAUCUGCACCUGGCUGUCUUAAAUCCUCCGUCACGGCCCCUUCACCGAGCACCGUCUACGGUUCUUCAGUGCCACUUGCAGACAUGGAUUGGGCCACUCCAGCUGCCAAACUGAACCCCUACAGCCGAGCCCGUAUGACCGAGGCCUGGCAGCAGCAUGCGGUCGCUCCGCCUCCGGUCGUGCACACCAUCCCUCCAGGAGCUGAGAACGCAUUGGGCUGCGCUGUGUACGGCAUCGUCCUGCAGCCGGACGCUACGUCUCUACAGCAGCAGCAGCAGCAGAACCAGCACGGACAGCACAGCCAGCACAACCAGCAGCAUGGAGGCGGACAGCACAGCCAGCAGCAGCACCCAGCCCAGGCCCAGCAGACCUCCCUGCAGGUCGGGACGGAGGGGGGGCACAAGUGUGGGGCUUGCGGACACGAUAUCUCCCACCUGGCAAACCCUCACGAACAUCAGUGCAUGGUGAGUCAGGACCGGUCGUUCCAGUGCACCCAGUGCAUGAAGAUUUUCCAUCAGGCUACGGACUUGCUGGAGCACCAGUGUGUUCAGGUGGAGCAGAAGCCGUUUGUGUGUGGAGUUUGUAAAAUGGGCUUCUCUCUGCUCACCUCUCUAGCUCAGCACCACACGUCACACAACAGUACCAACCCCAUGAAGUGUUCCAUAUGCGAGAAGACGUACCGACCCGGUUCUUCUGGCAACGCCACGCCCAACUCCUCCAACAGUUCCCAGCAGGCCAGCAGCGACGGGGCGUCGGCCAGCAGCAGCUCGUCUAUCCUCCCCUUCCCCUCGGCCCGAGACCGGCCGUACAAAUGCUCCGUUUGCCAGAAAGGCUUCAAGCACCUGUCAGAACUCACGCGACACGAGCGGGUGCACACGGGAGAGAAACCCUUCAAAUGUGACACGUGCGACAAGGCCUUCAGCCAGUCGUCGCACCUGCAGCACCACCAGCGAACGCACAGCAACGAGCGGCCUUUCAAGUGCGCCGUUUGUGAAAAGAGCUUCAAGCACCGCUCCCACCUGGUGCGCCACAUGUACGUACACUCUGGCGAGCACUUAUUCAAAUGCAACUUGUGCGAGCUGCACUUCAAGGAGUCGUCGGAGCUCCUGCACCACCCCUGUCACCCGCAGGGUUCUCGGCCGUUCCGUUGCGCCACCUGCGGUAAGGGUUUCAAGCGGCCAUCGGACCUUCGGCAACAUGAGCGAACGCACUCGGAGGAGCGUCCUUUCCACUGUGACGAGUGUCAGAUGAGCUUCAAGCAACAGUACGCACUCGUACGCCACAGACGCACGCACAAAGACCCCACCGACCGGCCAUUCAAAUGCAAUCUGUGCGACAAGGGCUUCAUGCAGCCCUCCCACCUCCUUUACCACCAGCACGUCCACGGCAUGGACAACCUGUUCAAGUGCGCCUCAUGCCAGAAGGAGUUCAGCCAGUCAGGGGAGCUGCUCAGACACAAGUGCGGCGAGUCGUCCAAUACCUCGCCGGACAAGCCGUACAAGUGCGACGUUUGUGGCAAAGGUUACAAGAAGAGUUCCACAUUGCAGCGUCACCAGAACUCACACUGCCAAGAGAAGCCGCUCAAGUGCUCGCUGUGCGACCGCCGCUUCCUGUCCUCAUCGGAGUUCGUCCAGCAUCGCUGCGACCCGUCGAGGGAAAAGCCGCUAAAGUGCCCGGACUGUGAGAAACGUUUCAAGUACUCGUCAGACCUGAACCGACACCGGCGCGUGCACACGGGCGAGAAGCCGUACAAAUGUGGCCAUUGCAACAAGGGCUUCAAACAGCGCGAGCACUUGACCAAACACCAGAGCACGCACUCCAGAGAGGGCCAGUUCAAGUGUGUUUGGUGUGGAGAGCGUUUCAGUGACUUGGGCUCUUUGCAGGAUCACACGGUGCAGCACACGGCCGACGGAGGCGGUUACCCUGUUCCCCAGUGCUUAUAAACCCUCGGACUUUUCUCUCCAAACAGGCAGAAACCCUGAAACACGCUGUCCUCUUGUCUGUCCUCUCUGAGUGAUUUCUUAAAAUGAAUCACGUCUUCAGGAUGGUCCCGAGCCGUUAUCAUCGCUUCCAUUCCCACCAGUGCCACAUCAGGUCAUUGUUGCUCUGCGAACCUGCUCAGUUAUCAUCACUUCAAAUCUGUCAUUCCAUGAAAUAGGAACUUUUUCUGUCUUUUUUUUUUUUUAUGCCCCACAUUGAAACAGCAAAAAAGGCCAUGACCACUAAAUUCAAUCAGACUUACUUCCUGGUGCCAUAAUACAGGUUGAUAUAACAAAUAAGUCCUCACUAAUUUCCUCCUCCACAGAAUUUAGGAUGUGUCCUGAUCAUCUUGACAAAACUUUAGAGCCUUUGUUGUUUUUUAAAGCAGUUUGGCGGGAAGUCUUUUUAAUCAUUCCCUUGUUUUAUCUUUCCCUCUCUCAUCUCCUAAGUUUCCUCUCUGCAUCAUCUCUCUUUUUCUCUUCAUCUCCAUCUUUAGCUGUUUAGUAUCAGAAGACUGGAAAGUCACAUUCAGACACUCAUUCAUUUGUUUUUGGGGUGAACUACGAAGCAAGUUUGACACUUAGAGGCUUUUCUUAUGUAAGCUGACUCGACAAAACUUAAAAUUUUCACCAGAAAUAAUAAGAAUCAUGACGGUGGUGGAGGCUUACUUUGUUAACCUGGUUUCUUUCUUCAGAAUCUCACGUAAAAUAAUUGUUUCACGCUAUAUAUGACUCUUCUGCGCAAAAUUGACCAAUCACAUGCCACCCACUUCAGUCUGACAAAAAGGUUGUUAUAAUGAAGAAUGUAAAAAUUGAUUUGUGUAAAAAGCACAUUUUACUAACUAAUGAUACAGAAGCGGAAUGCUGGUACAAAACUGUUAAACAUUUACGUUAAUAUAUUUAUUUUCCCACAGAUAUUCUCAAUGUGUUCACUUCUUUCUAACAGGAUGGCUCCAUGUUUUAGUUUUUAGUUGGUUUAUUAGUUUACUUUGCAGUGUCAGCGCACAGUUAGAAGUAACUGAACCAGAGUUAGCUAGCAACUAAUUUGCAUCUUUUGAUAGAAGACAAUUUAGUUUUCGGCCAAAUUCAAUUAAAACUUUUACUGUCUUUGAUAAAUACUAAUAAAAUGAUCAGUUUUCUGAACUGUAUUCAAUGAGUUGCGGAACCAGUGGUGUAAAAAAAAAAAAAAGUCAGGAUCUGGCAGGAAAACACAUUAAUGCAAUUUUGAGUCACUAGUUGAAUGUGUGUAAAGUCCUGUGGCAACACAACAUUCAAUUUGUGUCGUUGUGCAGCUUCAUUCAGCAGUAUUUUCAACAUAAAUAACACAUAGCGGUUCUUACAGCUGAUUUAAAUCCCAAGCACUGACCAUAACGUCCUCCAGAGCAGGUUAGCUGUGCGUUAUCAGUUACCAUGGUGAUCGAGCCUUGCAGCAUCAGUUACCAUGGUGAUCUAGCUGUGCAGCAUCAGUUGCCAUGGUGAUCUAGCUGUGCAGCAUCAGUUACCAUGGUGGUUUAGCUGUGCAGCAUCAGUCGCCAUGGUGAUCUAGCUGUGCAGCAUCAGUUACCAUGGUGAUCUAGCUGUGCCGUAUCAGUUACCGUGGUGAUCGAGCCUUGCAGCAUCAGUUACCAUGGUGAUCUAGCUGUGUAGCAUCAGUUGCCAUGGUGAUCUAGCUGUGUAGCAUCAGUUACCAUGGUGAUUUAGCUGUGCAGCAUCAUUUACCACGGUGAUCUGUGCAUCAUCAGUUACCAUGGUGAUUUAGCUGUGCUGCAUCAGUUACCAUGGUGAUUUAGCUGUGGUGCAUCAGUUACCAUGGUGAUCUAGCUGUGCAGCAUCAGUUACCAUGGUGAUCUAGCUGCGCAGCAUCAGUUACCACGGUGAUCUGUGCAGCAUCAGUUACCAUGGUGACCUGUGCAGCAUCAGUUACCAUGGUGAUUUAGCUGUGCUGCAUCAGUUACCAUGGUGAUUUAGCUGUGCUGCAUCAGUUACUGUGGUGAUUUAGCUGUGCAGCAUCAGUUACCAUGGUGAUUUAGCUGUGCUGCAUCAGUUACCAUGGUGAUUUAGCUGUGGUGUAUCAGUUACCAUGGUGAUCUAGCUGUGCAGCAUCAGUUACCAUGGUGAUCUGACGGGUUAAAACAGAGUUUUAAUCUCCACAUACUUCGCUAACGUGUUCAUCUUGCUUCGUAGUUCACCCUCAUGUGAAGAAAGGCCCAAACAGUAAAAUAGUGUACCAGCCUCCAUUCCUCUCGACUUCCUUCUGUGUUUUAGGAUUUAUACUUCUCCUUUAAGAAGUUGCCUGUAAACUCCUCGACUUAUGUGAAGCGACACAGUAUAACUUUGGGAAUGUAUCGUCCUGCAGUGAAAUAAUUCUCAUGGCAACUCUUGUUUUAAACCAAAAGAUGAACCGACCAUCCGAAGUUAGCCAUCACUUUAAAGCCCUAUUGGCUGAUAUCGAUCUCCAGUACAAACCUUUAGAUAAAUCAACAUUUCACUCGUCAUUAUUCCUGCAGAAGUCAGCGCUCUUAAACGUCUGUGUCCUGAAAACGUCUGACGUUCCAUUUCCUGUCUCAGCCUGUACAUACUGUGUGAGUGUACUUAGCCGGAUGAGUUGGAAACUUGUCUUUCUUAAACAAAUGGGGGAAAAAAAAUGUAUUGAAGAACAGUUUUGUAUUCUUGCUACUUUUUACCAUGUGAAACAUUUUGACAAAAUGCUCUUUUUUUGGGUUGUUUUUUAAUGUAGUCCACGUAGUGACUGUGCCAGUAUGUUGCGGGGAAUCUCAAAGAGAAACCUGCGCGUGAGUCUGAAUGCGUGAAUGUAAAAAAAGUAACGGUAUUUCUGUCAAACAGGGAAAUUCAGACUGAAGAGAAUUGUAGUAGAACAUGUUUCAACAGACCUGCGCCUUUCUCUCUGUGUGUGUUUUUUUUUAAUUGACUAACCUUACUGGUCUGUCUGAGAGCUGUUUCUGCAGGUUUUCCGUGUUCAGUAUUUUUGAAAUGGUUCUGUUUUCUCCUGUUACAUGUCGAGAUGUUGUGUCUGUCGGGUUCGAGUGAAUGACGCCUUCCUCCUCUCUGAAUGCUACGAGAUUCUAGUCGCGCUUAAGAAGCCUGGAGUUGGUUUACAUGAAACGCCAUCACUCCUUUCUUUAAAAUUUUACUUUGUUUGUCUUCGUCUGGGGAGCCUUUUCCCUCCUCUCUCGCCUCCCUGUUUUUCACAAGGUUUGAGUGCAGUAUUGAAAAGUAUUUAAUACAAACUGAGGAGUAAUAUUUGUUUAUGUUCUGUUUGUUUUUGCCUUAAACUCUCUGCCUCCUCUUUCAGCUUUUGAGGUCAGACGGUCGUCGCCUGUUACAGCCGUCGUUUCUUAUUUUAUGAAUUUGGCAUUCAAAAGAGAACAAGUUGAAGUGUUUUUUUAACGGUUUCACUUUUCUUUCCGUUAUUUUAAAUCCUUUAAAUUGAUAUGAAACCUGUAUUCCUGGAGGGAGAGACCAGGGCCUUGGGGUGUGUGUUCAACUUUUAAAAGGCCAAAUCAUAGAAAAGUAAAUAUAUCAGGAACCGGUGAGGGCGGGUUCGUAGUUUGCCAAGAAUCGCGAGUGCAGAAGGACUUGUUAAUUGGUGCUGACACAUCAUCAAGAUGUGUACAAUAAAAAUAGAUGCUCCAGGUUGCAGAUAAGGACCUCACAUACGUCUAGUAAUAAUAAUGAUAAUAAUAAUAAUAAUGAGAGUGUAUGUUAAAAGCCAAAGAAUAACUGAACUCCAGCCCAGCAGCACUCAUACAGUUGUUGGCGGUGCAUCUGUCCUGUGUUAUAUUGUUUAAAAUAAUCCAUAUCUGGGGCAGUAAGGAGAGGAGAAGCUCCUUUUAUAAGCACAAAUGAUUAAAUCCACUCUCCUGCAGUUUCACCGGUGGUUUAGAAGUCGGUCAAUCCGCCCGUUUCCUCCUCAGUUUCCGUUAAAAACCCCGUCAGACCCUGGUGUCUCUCGCUCUCUGCAUGCUCGCUGUGUUAGUUCCUGUGUUUCUGUCCCUGGGAACCGGUGCUGGACCCCUCCAUCCUCCCCGACCUCCUCCUCCUCGCAGCACUGUUCCCUCCUAUAGCUUUUUUCAAAUUGUACUGUAGUUUAUGUGAAUGAUGUUGAAAAACAAAACUCUGAAAAGAAAAAAACUUUGUGGCGACGUACAGUACGUGUACAUUCAUGCUAAGAUUAUCUGUAUGUAUGUAGCAUUCGAUUACACACAGCACUAACAAAUAAAACUUUUUUCAUUUAUA